GAUCUCCAAAUCAAAGUGAUAAAUCGCUCCAAACUUUUUUUGGCGGCGCUGAGAUGUUGGAGGGGCGUCUAGCGCGCAUGUGCGAAGGUGUCCAAACUGACAAUGCUGGAGAGAUAGCGAGUGUGGAUUGAGAGAAAGAGAGAGAGGGAGGGAGAGAGAGUGAAAGAAGAAAAUACAGAGAGUGAGUGUGUGGAAGAGAGAGAGAAAGAAACAGGAGAGAGAGAGAGAGAGAGAAACAGGAGGGAGGGAGAGAGAGAGAGAGAGAGAGACAGGAGAGAGAGGGAGGGAGCGAGAGGGAGAGCAAAAGAAGGAAAGGAUCCAAGAAAAAAAAGCCCCAACCACACACCAGCGGCUGCAGGACUGGGCACAGCAUGAGAUCCAAAGGCAGGGCAAGGAAACUGGCCACAAAUAAUGAGUGUGUAUAUGGCAACUACCCUGAAAUACCUUUGGAAGAAAUGCCAGAUGCAGAUGGAGUAGCCAGCACUCCCUCCCUCAAUAUUCAAGAGCCAUGCUCUCCUGCCACAUCCAGUGAAGCAUUCACUCCAAAGGAGGGUUCUCCUUACAAAGCCCCCAUCUACAUCCCUGAUGAUAUCCCCAUUCCUGCUGAGUUUGAACUUCGAGAGUCAAAUAUGCCUGGAGCAGGACUAGGAAUAUGGACCAAAAGGAAGAUCGAAGUAGGUGAAAAGUUUGGGCCUUAUGUGGGAGAGCAGAGGUCAAACCUGAAAGACCCCAGUUAUGGAUGGGAGAUCUUAGAUGAAUUUUACAAUGUGAAGUUCUGCAUAGAUGCCAGUCAACCAGAUGUUGGAAGCUGGCUCAAGUACAUUAGAUUCGCUGGCUGUUAUGAUCAGCACAACCUCGUUGCAUGCCAGAUAAAUGAUCAGAUAUUCUAUAGAGUAGUUGCAGACAUUGCGCCGGGAGAGGAGCUUCUGCUGUUCAUGAAGAGCGAAGACUAUCCCCAUGAAACUAUGGCGCCGGAUAUCCACGAAGAACGGCAAUAUCGCUGUGAAGACUGUGACCAGCUCUUUGAAUCUAAGGCUGAACUAGCAGAUCACCAAAAGUUUCCAUGCAGUACUCCUCACUCAGCAUUUUCAAUGGUUGAAGAGGACUUUCAGCAAAAACUCGAAAGCGAGAAUGAUCUCCAAGAGAUACACACGAUCCAGGAGUGUAAGGAAUGUGACCAAGUUUUUCCUGAUUUGCAAAGCCUGGAGAAACACAUGCUGUCACAUACUGAAGAGAGGGAAUACAAGUGUGAUCAGUGUCCCAAGGCAUUUAACUGGAAGUCCAAUUUAAUUCGCCACCAGAUGUCACAUGACAGUGGAAAGCACUAUGAAUGUGAAAACUGUGCCAAGCAGGUUUUCACGGACCCUAGCAACCUUCAGCGGCACAUUCGCUCUCAGCAUGUCGGUGCCCGGGCCCAUGCAUGCCCGGAGUGUGGCAAAACGUUUGCCACUUCGUCGGGCCUCAAACAACACAAGCACAUCCACAGCAGUGUGAAGCCCUUUAUCUGUGAGGUCUGCCAUAAAUCCUAUACUCAGUUUUCAAACCUUUGCCGUCAUAAGCGCAUGCAUGCUGAUUGCAGAACCCAAAUCAAGUGCAAAGACUGUGGACAAAUGUUCAGCACUACGUCUUCCUUAAAUAAACACAGGAGGUUUUGUGAGGGCAAGAACCAUUUUGCGGCAGGUGGAUUUUUUGGCCAAGGCAUUUCACUUCCUGGAACCCCAGCUAUGGAUAAAACGUCCAUGGUUAAUAUGAGUCAUGCCAACCCGGGCCUUGCUGACUAUUUUGGCGCCAAUAGGCAUCCUGCUGGUCUUACCUUUCCAACAGCUCCUGGAUUUUCUUUUAGCUUCCCUGGUCUGUUUCCUUCCGGCUUGUACCACAGGCCUCCUUUGAUACCUGCUAGUUCUCCUGUUAAAGGACUAUCAAGUACUGAACAGACAAACAAAAGUCAAAGUCCCCUCAUGACACAUCCUCAGAUACUGCCAGCUACACAGGAUAUUUUGAAGGCACUAUCUAAACACCCAUCUGUAGGGGACAAUAAGCCAGUGGAGCUCCAGCCCGAGAGGUCCUCUGAAGAGAGGCCCCUUGAGAAAAUCAGUGACCAGUCAGAGAGUAGUGACCUUGAUGAUGUCAGUACACCAAGUGGCAGUGACCUGGAAACAACCUCGGGCUCUGAUCUGGAAAGUGACAUUGAAAGUGAUAAAGAGAAAUUUAAAGAAAAUGGUAAAAUGUUCAAAGACAAAGUAAGCCCUCUUCAGAAUCUGGCUUCAAUAAAUAAUAAGAAAGAAUACAGCAAUCAUUCCAUUUUCUCACCAUCUUUAGAGGAGCAGACUGCGGUGUCAGGAGCUGUGAAUGAUUCUAUAAAGGCUAUUGCUUCUAUUGCUGAAAAAUACUUUGGUUCAACAGGACUGGUGGGGCUGCAAGACAAAAAAGUUGGAGCUUUACCUUACCCUUCCAUGUUUCCCCUCCCAUUUUUUCCAGCAUUCUCUCAAUCAAUGUACCCAUUUCCUGAUAGAGACUUGAGAUCGUUACCUUUGAAAAUGGAACCCCAAUCACCAGGUGAAGUAAAGAAACUGCAGAAGGGCAGCUCUGAGUCCCCCUUUGAUCUCACCACUAAGCGAAAGGACGAGAAGCCCUUGACUCCAGUCCCCUCCAAGCCUCCAGUGACACCUGCCACAAGCCAAGACCAGCCCCUGGAUCUAAGUAUGGGCAGUAGGAGUAGAGCCAGUGGGACAAAGCUGACUGAGCCUCGAAAAAACCACGUGUUUGGGGAAAAAAAAGGAAGCAACGUUGAAUCAAGACCUGCUUCAGAUGGUUCCUUGCAGCAUGCAAGACCCACUCCUUUCUUUAUGGACCCUAUUUACAGAGUAGAGAAAAGAAAACUAACUGACCCACUUGAAGCUUUAAAAGAGAAAUACUUGAGGCCUUCUCCGGGAUUCUUGUUUCACCCACAAUUCCAACUGCCUGAUCAGAGAACUUGGAUGUCAGCUAUUGAAAACAUGGCAGAAAAGCUAGAGAGCUUCAGUGCCCUGAAACCUGAGGCCAGUGAGCUCUUACAGUCAGUGCCCUCUAUGUUCAACUUCAGGGCGCCUCCCAAUGCCCUGCCAGAGAACCUUCUGCGGAAGGGAAAGGAGCGCUAUACCUGCAGAUACUGUGGCAAGAUUUUUCCAAGGUCUGCAAACCUAACACGGCACUUGAGAACCCACACCGGAGAGCAGCCUUACAGAUGCAAAUACUGUGACAGAUCAUUUAGCAUAUCUUCUAACUUGCAAAGGCAUGUUCGCAACAUCCACAAUAAAGAGAAGCCAUUUAAGUGUCACUUAUGUGAUAGGUGUUUUGGUCAACAAACCAAUUUAGACAGACACCUAAAGAAACAUGAGAAUGGGAACAUGUCCGGUACAGCAACAUCAUCGCCUCAUUCUGAACUGGAAAGUACAGGUGCGAUUCUGGAUGACAAAGAAGAUGCUUACUUCACAGAAAUUCGAAAUUUCAUUGGGAACAGCAACCAUGGCAGCCAAUCUCCCAGGAAUGUGGAGGAGAGAAUGAAUGGCAGUCAUUUUAAAGAUGAAAAGGCUUUGGUGACCAGUCAAAAUUCAGACUUGCUGGAUGAUGAAGAAGUUGAAGAUGAGGUGUUGUUAGAUGAGGAGGAUGAAGACAAUGAUAUUACUGGAAAAACAGGAAAGGAACCAGUGACAAGUAAUUUACAUGAAGGAAACCCUGAGGAUGACUAUGAAGAAACCAGUGCCCUGGAGAUGAGUUGCAAGACAUCCCCAGUGAGGUAUAAAGAGGAAGAAUAUAAAAGUGGACUUUCUGCUCUAGAUCAUAUAAGGCACUUCACAGAUAGCCUCAAAAUGAGGAAAAUGGAAGAUAAUCAAUAUUCUGAAGCUGAGCUGUCUUCUUUUAGUACUUCCCAUGUGCCAGAGGAACUUAAGCAGCCGUUACACAGAAAGUCCAAAUCGCAGGCAUAUGCUAUGAUGCUGUCACUGUCUGACAAGGAGUCCCUCCAUUCUACAUCCCACAGUUCUUCCAAUGUGUGGCACAGUAUGGCCAGGGCUGCGGCGGAAUCCAGUGCUAUCCAGUCCAUAAGCCACGUAUGACGUUAUCGAGGUUGACCAGAGUGGGACCAAGUCCAACAGUAGCAUGGCUCUUUCAUAUAGGACUAUUUACAAGACUGCUGAGCAGAAUGCCUUAUAAACCUUCAGGGUCACUCAUCUAAAGUCUAGUGACCUUAAACUGAAUGAUUUAAAAAAGAAAAGAAAGAAAAAAGAAACUAUUUAUUCUCGAUAUUUUGUUUUGCACAGCAAAGGCAGCUGCUGACUUCUGGAAGAUCAAUCAAUGCGACUUAAAGUGAUUCAGUGAAAACAAAAAACUUGCUGGGCUGAAGGCAUCUUCCAGUUUACCCCACCUUACGGUAUGGGUGGGUGAGAAGGGCAGUUGAGAUGGCAGCAUUGAUAUGAAUGAACACUCCAUAGAAACUGAAUUCUCUUUUGUACAAGAUCACCUGACAUGAUUGGGAACAGUUGCUUUUAAUUACAGAUUUAAUUUUUUUCUUCGUUAAAGUUUUAUGUAAUUUAACCCUUUGAAGACAGAAGUAGUUGGAUGAAAUGCACAGUCAAUUAUUAUAGAAACUGAUAACAGGGAGUACUUGUUCCCCCUUUUGCCUUCUUAAGUACAUUGUUUAAAACUAGGGGAAAAGGGUAUGUGUAUAUUGUAAACUAUGGAUGUUCACACUCAAAGAGGUUAAGUCAGUGAAGUAACCUAUUCAUCACCAGUACCGCUGUACCACUAAUAAAUUGUUUGCCAAAUCCUUGUAAUAACAUCUUAAUUUUAGACAAUCAUGUCACUGUUUUUAAUGUUUAUUUUUGUGUGUGUGUUGCGUGUAUCAUGUAUUUAUUUGUUGGCAAACUAUUGUUUGUUGAUUAAAAUAGCACUGUUCCAGUCAGCCACUACUUUAUGACGUCUGAGGCACACCCCUUUCCGAAUUUCAAGGACCAAGGUGACCCGACCUGUGUAUGAGAGUGCCAAAUGGUGUUUGGCUUUUCUUAACAUUCCUUUUUUGUUUGUUUGUUUUGUUUUCCUUCUUAAUGAACUAAAUACGAAUAGAUGCAACUUAGUUUUUGUAAUACUGAAAUCGAUUCAAUUGUAUAAACGAUUAUAAUUUCUUUCAUGGAAGCAUGAUUCUUCUGAUUAAAAACUGUACUCCAUAUUUUAUGCUGGUUGUCUGCAAGCUUGUGCGAUGUUAUGUUCAUGUUAAUCCUAUUUGUAAAAUGAAGUGUUCCCAACCUUAUGUUAAAAGAGAGAAGUAAAUAACAGACUGUAUUCAGUUAUUUUGCCCUUUAUUGAGGAACCAGAUUUGUUUUCUUUUUGUUUGUAAUCUCAUUUUGAAAUAAUCGGCAAGUUGAGGUACUUUCUUCAAAUGCUUUGUACAAUAUAAACUGUUAUGCCUUUCAGUGCAUUGCUAUGGGAGGAGCAACUAAAAAAUAAAGACUUACAAAAAGGAGUA